AUGGACUCUAAGCCCAUGCUUUUUCACAACAACCUCCGCAGGCUUGCCCGCACGCUGAUCGAUGCCAGGCACCCCACUGCCUCACAGACUGCACAGUUUGUUGAGAACCUCGAGCGUCACAUCAAGACGACCUACGAGGGCGUCACCGGGCUGUCCAGUGAGGACCGUCGCAGGUGCAUUGACAUUGCGACAGAGAACAUGUGGCUGCUGCGCUACCUCGAGCUCUACACGCAGACCAACGCGGCGCGCUUCAAGCGCUCGACGCACGACUACGUCGGGCGCUUGCUCAACCUCUCCUUGGACGUUGUCUUCUAG